AUGACUUCGACUGCCAACCCCCAGUCCAACCCGGCGCCCAACUCCUCUGCUGCGACUUCGGCUCCUUCAUAUGCGUCCGCUGCCGGUGCGAACAAGAAGCAAGCCUCCACGCCGCUGAUUGCGACGGGAUCCAACCCACCUGUGGUGGUCGGUGGCUCCUCUGCGCAAAAUGCUAAGCCGUCUGCUCCGUCACCAGUAAAUGGACGUCCCCCCAUCACUCCCGCUGUGCCUGCUGCCCCAGCAGUCGCUCACGGCUCUUCCAACAUGAACGGCAACGCGGCUGAUCACAGCCGCAAGAGCUCCGUCACUCUGAGCGCCAACGGCCCCAACAGCUUCGCUCCCAACGGCGGCCCUGUCGGCGGCUCCAAGCCCGGCAUCCAGUUCGGAUACAACUCACCUGCUGUUGCGCACAGCACUCCUCAGUCCGCGGCUGCUCCCAUCCCUAUCCCAGGAACUGGCCAGAGAGUGCCGUCUCCCGCACACUCUCCCUCGCCGAUUCCUCAACCGUCAGCCAGCGGUGGCCGUCCUCCCUCGGGCAUGGCUCCCUCUGGUGCGAUGACUUUUGGCAGUCUCGGAAGCGAUGGCGAUCGCCACAUGAGACAAGCCUCCACUCCUCAGUCCCAGGCCGCUCUGCCGGCUCAGCCUGGCUCCCAUAUUCGACGGGAAUCAGGCGUUUCUCAGCACAGUGAUGUGGGUGGACCCGCUGGUCCCAACCAAGGGCCCAACCGUCAAGGCUACCAGGGCGGCGGCGGCCGUGGCCGCGGCGGCUUCAACCCGCACCAACCUCCUUUCAACGCCAACAUGGGAUUCCCGCCGAACCAGCAAUAUGGCAAUGGCCGAGGCCGCGGCGGCAUGCCGCCGAGUUUCCACCCAGGCGGAAGACCGAUGCAACCCUACCCGAACUCGCCUCAGCCGCCGACCCGAAGCCCUGCCCUGGCCCAUUCCCAGCCUGGAACGCCGAACAUGCCUACGGCCCAGAUGCACCAGAUGCCCAUGGCUACUCCUCCUCAGUACCACUACCCGCCACCGAACAUGGCACCUCAACAAGUACAGCACCCCCAUUUCCUUCAAGAUCUUUCUGUUGCGCCAUUUGGCCCGCCUUUCAAGAACAAGCGAAAGAAUGCUCGUCGUGAUUGGGACAAGUCGUCUCAAAAGUCGCGUUUCACGGAUUCCUCGCAGGAUACUCAGUUCUACGACGCCAACAGACCUCGACGCAACACCCAGCGUAUCGAGAACGUCUGGAUGGCUGAUGAUGAGCGGUUUUCUGCAGGCAACCCAGUGCAACACCCUGAUUUCUAUCACGAGUAUCAUCAGCAACAGGGUGAACUCAACUUCACCGAGCAACCUGCGAUGAUACGCGAAGGGCCUUUCCUUGCUCCUCCUCCUCCUCCUCCGCCUAUUGAUCUUUCGCCUGAGUCUGGUAAUUAUGAGAGAUUGCUAACACGCACAAAGCAACAGUACGGCUACCCUCCCCCGCAGACCCAAUACGACUAUAACGGCAGACCCAUUUUCUACAACCAGAUGGGAUACAUGCCCUCUCCCCCUGGCGGCGCCCCCCCCUUCCAGCCUGGCUUCGCGCCUUCCCCUUUCCACCAGCCCGCCCCGACUGCCAUGUCGCGCACAUCCUCGCACUCUGAGCGACCGUCUUCCAGCACUGGUCAGCCCCCGGCUCCAGUGGUUUCUUCUGGCACACCUCAGCCUCAAAAUGCACAGGUCAAGACUCCUGUUGUGGCUUCCGGCAACUUCGUUCGUCCCAAGAAGAGCGCUGCCAUCGUCAUCAAGAACGCCGCCGGUGAGGCUGUUGACUUCAAGAGCAUGAAGACCCCGUCUUCUCCUGCUCCCAGCAUCCAACAAUCGAAGACUCCCCCUAUUGUGUCCUCCACUCCUACUCCCCCGCCCAAGUCAGCAACACCAUCACAUGCCCGGGCUGACAGUCAAGCCACACCCAAGACUGCUCGCGAGAUCCAGGAUGAGCUGAGAGCCAAGAUCCAGCAGGCCAAGGGUGGUGAGGACAAGGCGAAGGAGGAAGCCGAGGCCAAGGCAAAGGCUGUCGAGGAAGAGAAGAAGGCGGCCGAGGCCAAGGCCAAGGCUGAGGCUGACGAGAAGGCCAAGGAAGAGGCUCGCAAGGCCGAGGAAGAAGCCGCCGAGGCCAAGCGAAAAGAUGAGGAGAAGGCUAAAGCUGAGUCUGAGGCGAAGGCAAAGGCAGAGGCCGAUAAGCCUGCUGAGACGCCUGCCGAGCCUGCCGCCAAUGCCGAGCCUGAGGAGGACGAAGUGGAGCGCAUGAUUCGCGAGAUGGAAGAGGAGGACGCUCGUCGCGAGAAGGAGGCAAGCGAGUACAAUGCCAAGAAGGCUCUUGAGAAGGAGGCUGCGAAGAAGGCCGAAGAAGAGAAGAAGAAGCUGAACGCCGCCGACGAGGAUCGCAAGCUUCGUGAGGCCGAGGCCGAGAUGGAGCGCCUCGAAGAGGAGAAGGAGCGGAAGCGCGCUCAAGGCGGCAGUGCUUCUGUGGCCGAGCUUCUCGCGAAGAGCAAAUCCGGAGCACCCACCGAAAGUGAGCCCUCAAAGGUUGGCGACGUUGCCGACAAGCUCUCCAACCUCAGCAUUGGCGAGUCUAAGGCGUCGACUCCGACUGAGGCCUCUGCUCCCAAGGCCACCCCCACUGAGAAGCGUGGAAGCAAGCCGUCUCCCCUCAACCUGGCUCCUCUCAACACGAAGCCCGUCGACCCGCCCCAGCCUAGCGCCGCUCUUCAAUCACUCAAGUCUGCGCGCUUCCUGCAGGUCAUUAACCAAGACACCUACCCCGCUGGCAUUCACUCUCCUAACCCGGCCUUGAACGCCGCUGUCGCUAAGAAGGGCAAGACGUUCAAGUAUGACGCUCAGUUCCUGCUUCAGUUCCAGAAGGUCUUCACCGAGCAACCAUCCAUGGAGUUCCACCAACAGGUCAAGUCUUUGAUUGGCGAUAACGACGGCUCUCGAUCCGCUUCGACCCCUCGCGCCGGUUCUGGCCGUGGAAACUCUCAACGCGGCUCUGCUGCCGGCGUGAUGGGCAAGUUUGGUGCCACUGGUGGCCCCAUGAACCCUAACGUUCGAGGCACGACUUCUGCCGAGCGCUUUGCGAUGUCUAAUGCCGCUAUGAGCGGAGGUGGCAUGGGCAACUUCCGCCCCGCGUUUCCUGUUGCGGGACAGAUGGCUCGUACGCCGUCCUCUUCCAACAUGGGACCGAACUCUCCCAGAACCCGCUCUGCCAGAGGUGGUGGUGGUAGCAGGCGAAAUGAUUUCAACGCCAAGGAAGCCCAGGCAGCUAAGACCAUGCCUCUUACGCAGGGUAUGGAUCUCAAGCCCAUCACGGUUUCUGCUUCUGGCUGGAAGCCCAGCAGCGUUGGCAAGAACCCUUCAGCAGCCGCUCCCGCUGCCGACCACAUGGAUCCUCAGAUGGUCCAGCGCAAGGUCAAGGCUGCUCUCAACAAAAUGACACCUGAGAAGUUCGACAAGAUUGCCGACCAAAUUCUCGCUAUCGCCGGCCAAUCUAAGGACGAGUCCGACGGCCGUACGCUCCGCCAAGUCAUUCAACUUACCUUUGAGAAGGCCACUGACGAGGCUCACUGGGCCUCCAUGUACGCCAAGUUCUGCAAGCGUAUGCUUGACACCAUGAGCCCGGAGAUCCGUGAUGAGAGUAUCAAGGACAAGAACGGCGUCGUCGUCAGCGGAGGCGCCCUGUUCCGCAAGUACCUCCUCAACCGUUGCCAGGAAGAGUUCGAGCGUGGCUGGAAGGUCAACACGUCCGAUAAGGAGGGCGAGAAGGACAACGCGCAGACGGCGGAGGCUGCUAUGCUCUCCGACGAGUACUACAUUGCUGCCGCCGCCAAGCGUCGCGGUCUUGGUCUCGUCCAAUUCAUCGGCGAGCUGUACAAGCUUGGCAUGCUCACUGAACGUAUCAUGCACGAGUGUGUUCGCAAGCUCGUCGACUACGAGCAAGUGCCCGAUGAGGCGGAGAUAGAGUCUCUGUCCAAGCUGCUGAAAACUAUCGGUGCCAACCUCGAUGCUUCUGAAAAGGGCAAGCAAAUGAUGAAUGUCUACUUCGACCGCAUUCAGCACAUGGCCGAUAUACCCGAGCUCGCCAGCAGAAUGAAGUUCAUGCUCAUGGACGUAAUUGAUCUACGCAGAUCUGGAUGGUCUUCCAAGGAAGCCAACAAGGGUCCCAAGACGCUUGAGGAGAUUCGAGCUGAGGCCGAGGCUGCUGCUCUCCAGAAAGCACAGGAGAACCAGCGCAGUGGUAGCCAACGUGGUGGUCCUGGUGGUCGACCCAACCUUGGUCGCGGCGACUCCCGCAACUUCUCCUCCGGUUACAUGCAGGCUGCUUCUAACCAGGUCGGCAUGGAUGACCUCCGCCGCCUGAAGGGCUCCACGAGCAGAGCCGCGAGCGGCAACGUCACUCUCGGUCCUACCUCCAUGUUUGCUUCCCGCAGCAACAGUGGCCGCAGACUGGGACCUGGUGGCUCUCUUGGUCGCCCCGGCGAGGACUCUGGUGCUUCUUCUCGCACUGGAACUCCCCCCACCACCCAACACACCAACGCCUUCAGCGCACUCGCCAAUUUGGACAGCGAAAACCCAGCCUCUCCUCCCUCGACUGCGGCAUCGCCUGCUCUGCCCAAGGCCGUCCCUGAUAGCUCUGCUGCCAGCGGAGACAAAUAA